UAUAAAUGGUUAUGAACUGAUAUGUGGGUGCUGGUAACUGAAUCUGGCUCCUCUGGAUGAACAGCUGGUGCCCUUAAAUACUGAGCCACCUCUCCAUGCCCUCCCUGAAGAAUCUUAAAGGCACAGGUGCAAAGUACCUUCCAGGAAUUAAGAAGUGAUCAAAACUUAGGGAGACACUACUUCUCUUUCACAGUACACAGAGACUCUUGUUACUGUAGUUGGGGCCUUGGCUUCCUUUCUACACUAUUCCACAGCUGUUCUGCAUAUUUCUUGUACUCAUGACAAAAAGCAACAGCGUCACCCCUUCCAUCAGACUCAGAGCUCUUUAAGAAUGGGAACCAGUCUUCCCUUUCUCUUUCUCUCCUUGACACUUGCUUAUACCAAGUUCUUAAAGAAUUUCAGGGCUGAAGAGCCCUGAAAAAUUAUCUCAUUGCCCACACUCUACUCCCAGUUCCUUUGUGUAUCUAUAAGAAAAUUGAUGUCCAGAAAUGGAAGAAAGCCAGGCUUUUAGUUUCCCAGCAUGAUUCUGUUGACUGAACAUAAAAUCACAUGAUCACCAAAUUACUUGAGCACCCAGACAUCACAGGCAAAGAAUUAAUGAUUAAGUAUUUUCCGAAGACCUGUUCGGACCGACAACGUUCACUAGAUCUGUGACUGAAAAUUUUAACUAUCUAUAGUACGGACAGUAAAAUAUUAUGCAUCUCAUUAGGCUGUUAUGAAGUCCAAAGGAAAUGAUUCACUAUAAGGCUUAAUGCCUUAAUUUGCCUAUUAAGUACUAGAUUGAUGUGACCUACUAUUAUUUCUGGACUUCGGGUCUCAAAGGUUUUGUUACUUGCCCUCAAAGAGCUGACAAUUUAAUCGGAGGAUAAAAUAAUCAUGAAAACGGGCAAAGGGCGGUCAAGAUCAGAAGGGAACAAAUAUCUAGGGCACAGGAAGUACUCGAUUCUAACAGCAAGAUGGAGUCCAUAGCAAUCUCCAAGGACAAGCAGAGAUUUGCCAGGAGGGAAGGGUAUUCCAGGGCAAGGACAAACAUCUGACAGAACAAUGAAAAACCCCUGCUAACGCUGGGGAGAAGAGCGCUGUCCGCACAUACUCACGGCGCGUGUCAGCCGCCGCGCUUUCCCUCCUCACCCGCUGCAACAGCACUGAGGGUCGCUCAGUCCCUGCACAGAGAGGAAAAGGCACAAAGGCGCAGGUGAGACCCGAGAGGUCUCCGUGUUGGGCGCGCCUCUGCCCGUGGUCUCGUCUGUCCCUUGCUCACCCCUGGCUACAGAAGCUGCCCCUACGAGCCCACGCCACCAGACCCUGGCUGCGGCAGCCGUCAUGUUCCUAGGAUGCCGACCAAACAGCCGAAGGACAACACACAGGCCGCGGAGCCCCAAGGGCACGGACCGGAAGUGGAAGUGUGCAAUGAAUCUUCUUCCGGGCAGACGCGGGGCGGGAAGCAGAGGUUCCGGAUCUGGGCACUGGCAUGAAAGGAGGUAACGCAGGUAAGAAAGGCCCUCAGGUGGGGAAACCGUGAGGUGUACGUAGCCCUUGCUCGGUAUAGCGGAGGCCGAAGAGGAGAAGAAGAAGCAAAGAAUCGGACAGAUAGCUGGCAGAGAGAGAAGUUGGCUACCAUGGAGUCACCAGAGGAGCCUGGAGCAUCCAUGGAUGAAAACUACUUUGUGAACUAUACUUUCAAAGACCGGUCUCACUCAGGCCGAGUGGCUCAGGGCAUUAUGAAACUGUGUUUAGAGGAGGAGCUCUUUGCUGAUGUCACCAUUUCAGUGGAAGGCCGAGAGUUUCAGCUCCACCGGCUGGUCCUGUCAGCUCAGAGCUGCUUCUUCCGAUCCAUGUUCACUUCUAACCUCAAAGAGGCUCACAACCGGGUGAUUGUGCUGCAGGAUGUCAGUGAGUCUGUUUUCCAGCUCCUGGUUGAUUAUAUAUACCAUGGGACUGUGAAACUUCGAGCUGAUGAGCUGCAGGAAAUUUACGAGGUGUCAGACAUGUAUCAGCUGACAUCUCUCUUUGAGGAAUGUUCUCGGUUUUUGGCACGCACAGUACAAGUGGGAAACUGCCUUCAGGUGAUGUGGCUUGCAGACAGGCACAGUGAUCCUGAGCUCUACACUGCUGCCAAGCACUGUGCCAAGACCCACCUAGCCCAGCUGCAGAGCACAGAGGAGUUUCUCCACUUGCCCCACCAUCUCCUCACUGAUAUCAUCUCAGAUGGUGUUCCAUGUUCUCAGAACCCAACAGAGGCAAUAGAAGCCUGGAUCAAUUUUAAUAAAGAAGAAAGAGAGACUUUUGCAGAGUCACUCAGGACUAGCUUGAAGGAAAUUGGGGAGAAUGUGCACAUUUACCUUAUUGGGAAAGAGUCAUCUCGCACCCACUCAUUGGCUGUGUCUUUACACUGUGCAGAAGAUGACUCCAUCAGUGUAAGUGGCCAAAACAGCUUGUGCCACCAAAUCACUGCAGCCUGCAAGCAUGGUGGAGACUUGUAUGUAGUGGGAGGGUCCAUCCCACGGCGCAUGUGGAAAUGCAACAAUGCCACUGUUGACUGGGAGUGGUGUGCUCCUUUGCCCCGGGACCGCCUCCAGCAUACCCUGGUAUCUGUGCCUGGGAAAGAUGCCAUCUAUUCACUAGGUGGCAAGACACUGCAGGAUACCCUUUCCAACGCAGUCAUCUACUAUCGGGUAGGUGAUAAUGUGUGGACAGAGACAACUCAGUUAGAGGUGGCUGUAUCUGGGGCUGCUGGUGCCAACCUCAAUGGAAUCAUCUACUUACUAGGGGGCGAGGAGAAUGAUCUAGACUUCUUUACCAAACCUUCCCGACUUAUCCAGUGCUUUGACACAGAGACUGACAAGUGCCACGUGAAGCCCUAUGUAUUGCCCUUUGCAGGCCGCAUGCAUGCAGCUGUGCAUAAAGAUCUGGUGUUCAUCGUGGCUGAGGGGGACUCACUGGUGUGCUAUAAUCCCCUUUUGGACAGUUUCACCCGGCUCUGUCUUCCUGAGGCCUGGAGCUCUGCCCCAUCCCUCUGGAAGAUUGCUAGCUGUAAUGGAAGCAUCUACGUCUUCAGGGAUCGAUAUAAGAAGGGAGAUGCCAACACCUAUAAGCUUGACCCUGCUACUUCAGCUGUAACUGUCACAAGAGGCAUUAAGGUGCUGCUUACCAAUUUGCAAUUUGUGUUGGCCUGAGAGACAGUGAUGGGAGGAAGAGCUGAGUCCUUUGCCCUCCCCUUUUCUGUGCAUCCCCAGUCAAAUCUGAAAUCCCCCAGUUCAGAGUAAUGUGUUAGUCUGGGCAUACAUGAGGAAGGCAGCACCUUAACCCAUCCCCAGGCUCGUGGGGUGCUCUGUUAGGGCUUUUCACACUACUGCUGCUCAGGUGGUUGCUGGAACUCUGCCCUUAUCCCCUGUGACCCGGUGCCUCGCCUCAGGCUGCUUAUAGCAGCCUCUUCUCAGCCCUAGGCACAGCCUCCCCUUACCAGAUCAGUGUUAAUAGAAACACCUUGGCUCCCAUGCAGAAAGAAAGAGGCCCAUCCUGUUUGUCUACAGCCAGCAACGGGGCUGGCUGUCACUUUCCACAAGAAUUAAGUAUUAUUAAGAGUUUUCCUUCAGGAUUUGGAGGGGACAGCAGACUAAGCUACAAAUGUACUUCACCAGCAAGAAUCAACACUAGAAUUCAGGAUGCUCCUUCUAAUGUGUUCUUAUCUAUCUGUCAGGAAAAGAAACUUUGGUUGGAUUUUUGGCUUAUACAAACAGAUAAGCCAGAAAAGUAGACAUAAUUAUUUCUGAUUAAUAGCAGAAACUGUUUUCCAAACUCAAAUAUAUACAAUCUCUGGUCUUUUAAAAACUCUAAGCUAAAUCAAGCAUUAGGUACUGUUCGUACAAAUAAAAGUUUUUGAAGCGA